AUGAGCAUAGCUCUAGGGUCAGGUUUCCCCUACGAUAUACGUGCAACUCCAUACCCAGCCACUUGGGUCAUAUAUUCAGAGGAGGGGCCUAGUCCUCACUGUGUGAUAACGACCGAUCAAACUGCCUCGACGGUACUCUACACGCAUUCAAAAUCCAAAAGUUCUGAAGAAGACGAUGUGAAAUCUGGAAAGCUUUACCUAGCCCCGCGUCUAGAUGGUGAUGAGAAGUUGUGGAAGCUUGAGCGUAUUGGAAACGCCACAGGACAAACCGAUGUUGCCGAGCAAGCAAGCCAGUUAGCCCAGCAACUCGAGGAAGCCAAGUCCAAACUGAGUCAGGCGGAUAAGAGACACUCUAAAAAUGCGUCGGAGCUAGACCAGCUUCGAACUCAAGUAAGAGAAGCAGAUAUAGAGACCGGCCAAGCCAAGUUGGAGCUACACCAAACGCAAGAUGAGCUUUCUAAGAGGGAAACGCAAUUCAUAGGCUUGAAGAAAGAACUUAUCACCAAAGAAGAAGCACUAGUCGCAAAGGAUAAAGAGCUCGUUAUAAACCAGAAGAAGCUUGCAGGCGUCCAAAAAACGGUCGAUGAGAUGGAGUUGAAACUAGCUGAGGCCCUCCAACGAUUAGAGGAGAAUGAGGAGGAAAUAUCGCAAAAACGCAAGGAGCUGUACGAGAAGAACCGCAUUAUACUGGAGAAAGAGCAGUUGUUACACACUGAGGGUGUACUUGAAAGGGCGAAAGCGGAUGAUGCGGUGAAACUCAGACAGGAUGAGGACCCACUCGAGGAAACAACACCGGAGUUGCGCGGUGGGAGUACCAAUAGUGCAGCACAGUUAAACGGAAUGGACCAAUUAUCGGAAUCGGGUUCUGUGUUCGGUGCAGGGCUUGUUUCCAGUGCAGGAUCUGUGUUUAGUAUUGAGUCUGUGUUCGGCGGGGAGUCUAUAUUCAGCGAGGCAUCGUUUAAUAAGGGAAGAGCAAAGUUCGUACCUGCUGGUGCCCCAACUGGAGUAGAUCAGAAACUAGCUAGCUUGGGUUGGGAUUUUGACGACUGA